UUUUUUUUUUCUUUUUUUUUAUAAUUAACUUUUUUAAAAAUGUCUUCUGGUGUAGCAGUCAACAGUGAAUGUCUCGAUCUUUAUCAAGAACUUAAGCUCCGUAAGAGCUACAAGUAUCUUAUUUUCAAGUUGUCUGACAACAACCAAGAAAUUGUUGUUGAAAAGUCUUCCGAGACUGGUGACUAUGACGACUUCCUUAGCCAACUUCCUGAUAACGAACCUCGUUAUGCUGUCUAUGACUUUGAAUAUGAAAAACCUGGAGAUGGUAAGAGAAACAAGAUCACCUUUUACUCUUGGAUUCCCGAUACCGCCAAGGUUCGCCAAAAGAUGUUGUACGCUUCUAGUAAAGAAGCUCUCCGUAGAAAGUUGGUUGGUAUUGCUAUCGAAGUUCAAGGCACUGACGCCUCCGAAGUCUGUUAUGAGGUUGUUUUAGAAAAGGCUAACCGUUCUGCUUAAACAUACUACUAUUGCUUUAUUACCCUUUAUUUUUUUUCUGCAAUAAACUUUUCUUUAUAAUAUUUUUGUAUUUUUUUUUUUCAUUUUUUGCAUAUUUUUUUUUUUUAUUUUUUUUCAUUGAA